UUCACGGCCACCUAAAGGGUCCUUUUGAAUCCUGUUUUGGUCACUUUAUUUUCACAUCCAGCUUAUUAUUAAAUUCCGCCUCAUUAUUAAUGUUCCUGUUAGGUGAAUAAAAUAAAUAAAUAAAUAAACAGUAAUUUUCAUCUUUACGAACGCGCAUAGCUAUGAACAUCUUGUUGAAAAUGGUAAGAGUCGUCGCUAGCUGUUUGGGAAAAUGUGCGCUUCCCCACCCGUAUUCCGGAUGACAGUUACAGGCUAGUAGGUUAGGGGCGGGGCUUGUCGGUAUACGGGCGGAACAAGAAAAAAAUACAUUAGUUAUGUGUAUUAGAGCGUGUAAAUUAUUAUUAUUAUUAUUUAUUUAUUUAUUUAUAAUUUAAUUAUUUUAUUUUAGGUUUAUUUUUUAAAUAUUAUUUAUUCACUUAUUUUGAUGUCCAUUUAGUGUUUUCUGGUUUUGAGGAAAUUUAUGAUAUAAAUGAAACUAGUUAUUUUAUUUGACCUGAGGUGUAGUUUAUUGUAGUUUAUUGUAGUUUGUAGUCGUUAUUAAGUGUAAUAAAGCUCGGCGUCGGGAGCGGUGUGUGAAAGCGGAUGUAAAACUGAUCUUUAUUACAGUAAAGAUCCGCCCGUGUGGUUAUAAUAAAAUGGGUUUAAUAGAGUUAAAGGUUGUUCUUUUGCAGAUUCCGGAGCUGAAGAGACGGAGGACGAGUGGAGACCAUCAUCGAACACAUGCGGAGAGAAGGACCUAAUGCACUGCAGGUGAUUUCUGACUUCGACAUGACGCUCACCAGAUUUGCUCACAACGGGACACGCUGCCCUACCUCAUACAGUAUUCUACACAGCAGCGCUGUCAUUAGCGAGGACUGUAAAGCCAAGAUGUCGGAUUUGUUUGAUCUUUACUACCCUGUUGAGAUCAACAACUCGAUUUCGGUGGAGGAGAAAAUCCCUCACAUGGAGGAAUGGUGGACGCGAGCUCAUGAUUUGCUCAUCAAAGAGCGAAUCAGGAAAGACCAGCUGGUUCAGGCUGUAAGAGACUCCGGCGCCAUGUUGAGAGAGGGGUACAAGUCUUUCUUUGACGUGCUGCGGUGGAACUCCGUUCCUCUGCUGAUCUUCUCAGCCGGAGUCGGAGAUAUUUUAGAAGAAGUGAUCACCGAACACGGGGUCUUCCACCCGAACGUGCGCGUCUUCUCCAACUACAUGAACUUCGACCAACACGGUGUUGUGCGUGCAUUUAAGGGCGAUGUGAUCCACGCGUUUAAUAAAAGAGAGGGCGCUCUACAGAACACACAGCAGUUCGUACACGAUCGCAGCAACGUGCUGCUGCUGGGAGAUUCGCUCGGAGACCUGGACAUGGCCGACAGCGUGCAGGGCCUCCGCAACAUCCUGCGCAUCGGCUACCUCAACGACAAGGUCGAGGAGAGGAGGGAGGCGUACGUCAGGUCUUACGACAUCGUGCUGGAGAAGGACGAGACGCUGGACGUCCCAAACGCGAUACUUAAUUACAUCACAGUGGAGAAACGAGACCACACGCCCGUCUGAAAGGUCACCCAGCCAAUGGGAAACCAACGUCCCAGCCAGCGGCCAAUCAGGAUUAAGCUGGGGUUCGGAUCAUCUGUAAUGGCGUCUCUUUUAUUAUUUUUUCCCUCAGAUUUUAUAUUAUUUUUUAUACAUUUUUAUAAAUUGGGUGAGUUUCUCAUAUCUAAACAUUUGAGAUAUUUUCUCUCGUACAUUAAAACGUCCAUCUCCACUCUACGCUGUAAUCUCGUACAGGAGAUAAACUCGUAUGUUAUUCACAACGGAACAUAGAAAACAUAUUAAAAUGUUUAAAUUGAGGAAAUGGACCGUUUUAAGGGGAAAAUAAGGUCACUUUGAGUUUGAUGGCCGCAACACGUCUCAAAAAGUCAGGACUGGGACAAUGCAAGGCUCUUUUUAUACUCAGUCACGUUUCUGACCUGUCGCCAGUUUACCUCCAGCUGUUUCUUUCCAGUAGCACUUUACUUUUCCAGCCUUUUGUUGUCUCCCAUUUGUGUAAUGUAAAUUAUAAGAGAAUUAAAAAGUGUUUUUGACCUUGGAUACACUAAAACAUGGACCAAAUGAAUAUAUUGCGCACAAAAAAAGAAUUCAGUAACUUUUUCAGCUGUACUUUUAUUUUUAAAAAUCUCAUUUUAAGAACUUGCAUAUUGUCUUCUUUGUUAUUUUGUCUGAAGAAUCAGAAGCUCGUGAAUGUAAAAGAUGUGGCCGUGUUCUUGUUUUCCAUCAAUUCAGGUAAACAGCAGACAGCGCCCACUGCUGUCUGCCAGGUGAACUGCAACUACAGAAACUUAGUUAAGUAAGAGACCAAAACUAGAACAUUUAUUGAUUGAUUGAUUGAUUGAUUGAUUGAGCUUGUUUUGCAGCAAAAACAAAAACCUGCACAGUUUAUACAAAGGAACAUUUCCCAGUUCACACCAAACAGGUUUAGUACAAAAUGGAAAAUAAAAUAAUAAUAAAAUAACGUCUGUCACAUCUUUCCAUGUGUCCGGAAUGGAGAACGAAGGCCACAUUAUUUUCUUGUUUACAAAAUACAAAUAAUACAUUUUAAAAAAAACAG